UUCGGCUGAGGUUUUGAGUGUCUCAGAAGAUAAAAGAGAAUAAUGGAAAAACACAGUGAACAUCUGGAAUAUGGACCAUGAAAAAAAAAGUGGAUAACAGUGAUUGUGAAAUUUGGUUGCAUUUCAUGGUUGCUUUUGUUGAAAUGAAGUUGCAAUAGGUUGCAUUUGUUUUCAUUUGAAAGACCAAAUUAAAUCACUUAUGUCACUUGAAAAUUCAAAAUGUUUUUACACUUAAAACCAUCAAAUUUUGCUGCGAAAUAUUUCAAAUACUACAGAUCAUAUUAUACAGUGAAGAGGAAGGCAGUUAAAGAUGAAAAUUACAUAGCCAGACAAAUCUACCAGAAAAUCAAAGUAAAAGGUCCUUUGACAGUUGCUGAUUAUAUGAAAGAAGUUCUUACAAAUCCGAUGGUAGGAUAUUACAUGCACAAAGAUAUGUUUGGUGAAACUGGAGACUUCAUAACUUCUCCAGAAAUAACACAAAUGUUUGGUGAGAUGAUAGCAAUUUGGCUGCUGAAUGAAUGGCAAAAAAUGGGUUCACCAAAACCUCUUCAAGUGGUAGAACUUGGUCCAGGUAGAGGAACACUGAGUAGUGACAUUGUGAAAGUCUUCAGCCAUUUUAAAGCUUUACAUAAAGCUAAAUUACAACUUGUUGAAAUCAGCCCAGUCUUGAGUGAAAUACAGUCUAGACGAUUAUGUUCACAGAGCCAUUUGUGUAGUGAAAAAAUGGUGGUGUACAGACAAGGAACCAGCCAUCAUGGAAUACCAGUUCAAUGGUACAAGCAACUGAGUGAUGUUCCUAGUGGAUUUACUUUAUUGGUGGCACAUGAAUUUUUUGACGCUCUGCCGAUACAUAAGUUCCACAAGACCUACAGUGGGUACAAAGAAGUUCUAAUCGAUAUUGAUCCAAAUGCAGAAACUAACAAUGAAAACAGUGAACCAAAAUUCAGGUACGUCCUUUCACGAAACGAUACCCCGAUGCAGAAAACACUGCUCAAACCCGAUGAAACUAGAGAUCAUGUAGAAAUAUCACCUGACAGUAUUUUAAUCUACAAGCAAAUUUGUGAAAGAUUGAAAGCCACUGGAGGGCUUGCUCUCAUCUGUGAUUAUGGAUAUUACGGGACUGGCACUGACACUUUUAGAGCUUUCAAGAAACAUAAACAGGUGGAUCCAUUGGUUUUGCCGGGAACUUCUGAUUUGACAGCAGAUGUUGAUUUCAAGACGAUUCGUGAGGUUGCUAAUAAUGAAGGAGGAAUUAUUUCAAUAGGUCCAGCAACUCAGAGAGAUUUUUUAUUGAAGACUGGUCUCGAGUUUCGUUUCAGAGCUCUCAAAGAGAAUAUAACAGAUAAAAAGCAUUUGGAAAAUUUGUCUGAAUGUUUCAGAAUAUUAACCGACAAAGAUAAAAUGGGCGAACGGUUCAAAUUUUUUUCACUUUUUCCUGAAACCAUGAAAAGAAUUUUAGAUAAAUGUCCUGUUGUAGGAUUCACAUAGAUAGAAAAUUCAACCAAGUUUUUUGUUGUGAAUAAAAAACGGCACAAAUCUGUGAUAUAUUGUCCUGGUUAUUAGUUAUUGUAACAAUUGUGUAUAAUAAUAAAAAAUCGUCAGUUAAUU